CACGAUUACGAGGUUGUGCUUUUAAUCAACAAAAUCGCUUCACAUACUGUAUGACACUAUAGUGCAUUUUCACUGUAUAUAUAAAAAUGUACAGUAAUAUUGUUAUGUUAAUUGGAUUAAGUGUUUUAGGUUUUUUUACUUGGGACUCUAAUUUUGAAAAAUUACCUGACUAAGCAAGGGAGCAGCCAUUUUAGUUUCAGUUUGCUCAGCUCUCUCAAGCAUUAAGCUUCAUGUGACUGCUGCUCCAGUUUUUCUUUAAUGUUUAUGCCUUCGAAAGCAUUUUCAUUUCACUCUCCUUUGAAGCAUAUUGGAGUAAACAUCAGGAGUUUUGAAAAACUACACCCUGACUCCAGUCUUUAUUUGAAGGGAGUUUGGCUUGCUGCUGAAUUGUGUUCACACAUAUGGAAACACACAAGGAGAGCAGUAUAAAUAUUAUUAUAGAUAAAUGAAAAAAUAAAUAUACAAAAGGAGUGUAUUUUAAUCUUUUUAAACAACUCUAAUAUUUAAAAGACUGUUUUUCUUUUAUGAAUAUUAUGAAUGAAAGAUAAUUCUCUUUUAAAGAGAAAAUAAGGCUUUGACAUCAUAUAUUCACACUUGUGCUCGUCCUCUAACUACCUAUUACAGUUAGGGAACUGUAAUGAUGCUGGCAAUGAUGAUGAUAUAGGAACCCAAGUGCAGUUUAUUUCCAAACGUGAAAUCCAAAAACCCUAACUCUUAAUCGUGAACAAAACAAAAGCAUGAACUUUACUUAACAUAACUUUACAUGACUUGGUAGACUAUGAAACAAAACAUGAACUUGACAAAACUUCCAAACAACGUAAUACCUGACAAGGACCAAGGCAAACAUGAGGGUAUAAAUACAUGGAAUUGGGAGAACGUAUGAAGAAAGUAACCAAUCACAAGACUGAUAAACAAGAUAACAAGACAAUGACUGUGAACCACCGAAAUAACAGAACUAAUAACAAGACUAUAACCAAUGGGAACAGGACACAUGAACAUGAAGGAAACAGGAUAAUCACAUGACUUGACAUGGAAACACUAUUCAAAAUAAAAGACAUUAUCAUAAACAAUAUAUUGAAUUCUAAAGCCACUUUUUGCAAUGACUUUGUAAUGUCUAAUCAAUGCUUUACUCGUCUGCCACAGGGGUGGGUGAUGAAUUCGAAUUAAUACAAUUAAAACAUUUAAUCAAUUGACAGGACUAGAAAAUUCUUCAAGCUAUGAAUUUUAUAACUUCUGAACAAACACCAGUUUAUCCCUAAAUGUACUAUAUAGAGUAUUUAAUAGGUGCGUCUUUAAUUUAUUCUGGAGUAAAUGCUUCAACCUUCCAGAUAAAAUUUCUAAGAUAUGGUAAAAAAAAAAAAAAAAAAAGAAAGAAAGAAAAAAAAAACUUUUUAUAAUCCUGUCAAUUGGGGAUUUUUUUAAUGUUAAAAUGUUAAAAAACAAUAAUGUAAUAGUGAUUGUUAUUAUAUCCUUUUUUUUGUUUUUUAAAUCUAAAAAUGCUAAAUAAGAUUGUCCAAUGAAUAUCUUCAUUAAUAUUCCUUUAAUGUCAUCCUUUGACAUGUUUUUCUCUUACAGUGUCACUGGGCGCUGUGAUAAUGAGAGGAGUCUCCAUGAGGGAAGAACAUUUGUUUGCUUGCAUGCCUCAAUAAAGUCCUGUCUUACCAAUACACACUCCGACUGGGGUAACAGAAUCUCACCAUAGCAACAAAAGAACUCCUGCCAGUUACCAAAAUGAUGUCAAAGGCACCUCAAAAUGGAAACGCUAUCUGAAAAGGACAACUGAGUGACUUGUAUGUAUUUAUCUGGAUGAUUAUCCAAUCAUCUGCUUGGCCUGAAGAUGUGAUUUGUAAGCAUAUUUUCUCUAAAUAUUUAAUCUUCACCUAUUGGUGAUGAGUCACAAAUAUUUUACUAUAUUUACUGAAACUCAAGCACCAGAGUAAAUAAAUUCUAAGCUAUGAAAAUGGGAAUAAAUAAAAACUGAAGGCAUCCAAAACAGAUUGGUUAACAUAUGGUGGAUGCAGUAUCAUUCUACCAAGCAACUUUCCCCUCAUACAAAAUAUGAUUUAGAAUUUAUAUGCUGUUAUGCUUUCCAUGGAAUACAAGAGGAUUUUUGAAGACUGUUCACGCAGCUCUUUUUCAUACAAUGACAGUUCAUGACCAAACCUGUCAAUCUCUUAAAAGGACAAUUAAACAACAACAACAUAAAAACACCUUAAAGCUAUCCUAUAAUCAGGCAUUAUGUUCCAAGUCUUCUAAAGCCAACUUGUGCAUGAAUAGUGUAGUUCAUACACAAUGUGUGAUACAUUGAUGGUGUUUUGUCUUUCUGUGCACUGUCUAUACCAGUGUUCCCCGUCUGUCGCUCACUUUGACGUUGUGUCGAAGAAGCGACACUAGGGCUCUCUCUGGAGCACCGAAUAAAUGUCUGAUCUAUGAAAAAAGGCCGAAAGUUGGCAGAGAGAAUUUGCAUGUCCUGCCCCCGGAUAUACAGAAUAAAGGGGGGGAAUACAUCCGUUUCAUUCAGAAAUUUUCUUCGGAGCCGAUGGUCGUGUAUGCAGCGAGCUGCGAGUCACACACACCUGUUCCUCUUACCUCUGGUGAUCUGCUGUUGGAUCUACAGUGCACUUCAGCGGCUUUCUCCUUCUCUGCACGGCAGUGCAAUUUGCCCCUGGGUGCUUCGACAGCGCAAACUAAAAGAGUUUAUAAAAGAGUGAUUUUCUCUAAAAGAAUAUUUUCCUCUAAAAGAGCAAUACACAGUGGCGUUGAACAUCCUUUUUAGGAUGCAUCUUUAUAAAGAUGCCUUUCCGCCCCUGUGUAGUUCCUGGAUGCGGUAGAGUGCUCUCCGCUUCAGACGGCCACAGGCGUGGUCUCGAGUGUCUGGGCUGCGAGGCAGCGUUUGUGGAUGGUUCAUGUUCUCACUGCGACCAUGGCAACGCCGUGGUCGCGGCUUUCCUUCAACCAAAGGAACGCCACUCCAGCCGCGAGUCGCUCCUUCCCACGGGAUUGAGGAUGACGCGGCUGGCGAUGAAGGCGAUGGUACACCCCCGCGAACCACCCGCCCCCCGGCAUGCUCGUUGACUUCCGUCUGGGCUCGAGGCAACAGCGGCUCACCUCACAGCCAGCCUGCCUAUCCUUUGGAGCCCCACGAGCUGGAUGAGCUCGCCGCCGCAUCGGACUGGAACCCUCCGUCCUCCCCACAGCCAUCGCGGCUGGAUGAUUGGUUCCAUGGCUCACAGCCAUGCCCCUUCCCAGUCCCUUUCUUCCCGGAGGUGCAUGGAGAGCACCCCUCUCCACUCAUCUCAAAGCCCCUCACUCAGCCGAUUUCACUACCCUUGACAGCGGAGUUGCCCACGGGUACACAGCGAUUCCCCAGGAUAAGGUGGUUGCGAUCCGCCUAUGCUCAGAGAACGCCACCACCUGGCGGGGUCGCCCUGUGCUCCCCUCCAAGGCCUGUAGGACGAUGUCAUCAUUGGCCGCCAAAGCCUACAGCGCCACCGGACAGGCCGCUUCCGCCCUGCAUGCCAUGGCCGUCCUGCAAGUCCACCUCUGCACGUGGGUUGUCCUGAUCGCGACGUGCUGCAGGAACUGGGCUCAGUGACCGACCUCGCCCUCUGGGCCACGAAGGCCACAGCGCAGUCACUCGGGCAGGCGAUGGCCACACUUCUGGUUCAGUAACAUCAUCUGUGGCUGAACUUGGUCGAGAUGCGCGAGACGGACAAGACACUUCCUCGAAGCCCCUGUCUCCCAUUUCGGCGUCACCAUCGAGGACUUCGCCCAGCAGUUCUCCGCGGUGAAAAAGCAAACGGAGGCCAUUUCACACAUCCUGCCCCGCUGCAAACCUGCUGCCACGGGCCAAGCCCCGUCUGCUCGCCGAGGGUGUUCUCCUGCGGCUAAGAAAUGCGCAGCUCCGCCUCAACCCGUGCUCAGCUCUCAGCCCCUGUGUCGAGUGCCCCGCAGGAAGCGCACGCCCCCCCCAUCUCUCGGACCCCUUCGAGGACCCAGAAGGUUCCCGGGCGCUCCUGAGAUGAUCGACCCAGGAGGAGAAUCCUUGUUUGAAUUUAUUGGGACGCACCUUUGCCUCCCGACGCUGUACUACCUGCUCCGCACCGCUGCUCCGCCCCACCGGGUACGUCAAAAAUAAUCAUCCCGUUAGUGCCCCUAGCACGGAGCUUGGAUGCGUGGCUUUCACUUCCCAACCCGUCACGCUUGCUGGCCAGGACCAUGAACUUCGCGACCAUCUUACUCAAAGAUGCGAUAGAGCCUGUCCCUCCAACCGAGAUGAAGAAGGGUUUCUACAGCCCUUACUUAAUUUUACCCAAGAAAGGCAGCGGCUUAUGACCGAUCUUGGACUUGCAAGUUUUCAACCGGGCUUUGCACAAACACCUGGAUCUUAACAUCUUAAAUUGCAUCCGGCAUCUAGAAUGGUUCGCAGCAGUAGACCUGAAGGACGCGUACUUCCACGUCUCAAUAUUGUCUCGACAUCGACCCUUUCUACAGUUCGCGUUCGCCGGCCAGACGUAUCAGUACAAAGUCCUCUCCUUCGGCAUGUCCCUGUCCCCUCGCGUCUUUACGAAGUUCGCAGAGGCAGCCCUUGCCCCGCUCAGAGAAGCUAGCAUCCGCACACUCAACUACCUCGACGACUGGCUCAUCCUGGCCCACUCCCGAGUGUUACUAUGCGCCCCACAGGGACCAGGUGCUCAGGCACCUCAGCCGCUUAGGGCUUCAGGUCAACUGGGAAGAGAGCAAGCUCGCCCCGGUUCAGAGCAUCUCUUUUCUCGGCAUGGAGUUAGACUCAGUCUCAAUGUCAGCAGCCUCACCAACGAGUGCACGCAGUCAGUGCUGGAAUGCCUCGCCGCCUUCAGGCCAGGCACUGCGGUCCCUUUAAAACUUUUCCAGAGGCUCCUGUGGCAUAUGGCGUCCUUCGUGGCGGUCACGCUGCUGGGGUUGAUGAGACCACUUCAGCACUGGCUCCAGACUCGAGUCCCGAGACGAGCAUGGCGCCGCAGCACGCACCGUGUGAUGGUCAUCCCCGCCUGCCGCCAAACAUUCAAACCCUGGACAGACCUCUGCUUUCUGCCUGGCAGGAGUUCCCUUGCCCGACGGUAAUGAUCGACACCUCCAAAUUGGUUUUGGGUGCCGUAUGCAACGGGCACGCAGCCGCAGGCCGUUGGAAACGGGCCCCGCUGCGCUGGCACAUCAACUGCCUAGAGUUGUUGACUGUAUUCUUUGCCCUGCGGAGGUUUCUCCCACUGGUUCUGGGCAAACACAUCUUGAUCAGAUCAGACAGCACCACAGCGGUUGCGUACAUAAAUCGCCAAGGCGGCGUACGCUCCCGCCACGUCACAACUCGCCCGUCUCAAGUUGUCCAACUCAAGUCGCUGCAUGCCACUCACAUCCCCAGCAACCUCAAUGUGGUGGUGGACGCGCUAUCACGACAACGCUUGCCCAGUGGAGAGUGGAGGCUUCACCUCCAGUCGGUCCAGCUGAUUUGGGAAUGGUUCGGCAAUGCUCAGGUAGACCUUUUCGCCUCCCAAGAGACCUCCCACUGCCCACUCUGGUAUGCCCAAACAGAGGCUCCCUUCGGGGCAGACGCACUGGCACACAGCUGGCCCAUAGGGCUGCGCAAGUACACAUUUCCCACAGUGAGCCUUCUUGCACAGGUGCUGUGCAAGGUCAGGGAGGAUGAGGAACAAGUCACUCUAGUGGCUCCCUAUUGGCCCACCUGGGCUUGGUUCUUGGACCUCGUACUCCUUGCGACAGCCCCUCCCUGGCAAAUUCCCCUGAGGAAAGAAGUCCCUUCUUUCUCAGGGACGGGGCACGCUCUGGCAUCCAGACCCAGACCUCUGGAACAUCCACGUCUGGCCCCUGGAUGGGACAUGGAAGAUCUAGCUGAUCUACCACCUGCCAUCAUAGACAUGAUCUAACCAAGCCAGAGCCCCUUCUACCAGGCAACUUUACACCCUAAAGUGGCGCUUGUUCGCGAAUUGGUUUAUUGGAUUAUUCUCGGGCCAAAGACCCACAAAGGUGCUCAGUCAGGUCAGUGCUCUCAUUUCUGCAGGAGAGGUUGGAGGGGAGGCUGUCCCCGUCCAUCUUGAAGGUGUAUUUAGCUGCUAUCUUUGGGUAAGCACGACUUGAUUAUCAGGUUCCUAAGAGGUGCUCGGUGGUUAAAUCCCUCCCGGCCAAGCCUGUUCCCCUCCUGGUAUCUCUAAGUGGUCCUCUCGGUCCUUCAGAGACCCCCCUUCGAGCCGCUAGAAUCAGUUGGACUCAGGACCUUAAGGGCCUAAAGACGGCCCUGCUGAUCGCGCUCGCUUGACCUGCAAGUGUUCUCUGUCAGCGACACUUGCCUGGAGUUCGGUCCGGCAGACACUCAUGUGAACCUAGGUCAUUCAAGCUGUGAAACUAUUAGAAAAGACUAUGCUAUUUAAUUGUACAGGGGACCUUUUAACUUGGUAGAAACUAUUUUACCAUUAGUUUUUCCUCAUUUUGGUCAAUUUGAUAGACAGUACAAUAUACAGCUCAGGAAAAAUUAA